AUGCUACGGUGGCUUUUGCCACUUGUUUUUGUUACCUCUGUUCACUGUCAAGAACAGAAAAUUAUUGAAGGUCCCAAAGACACCUUGGCAUCCAUUGGCGAAACCGUUGUGCUCACCUGUCGAGUUGAAAAUCAGCAAGGCCCUGUGCAAUGGAUGAAAGAUGAUUUCGGUUUGGGAACAGAAAGAGAUAAACCGCUGCCGGGAAACAAGCGAUAUCGAAUGAUCGGCAGCUCGGCGAACGGAGAAUAUAAUUUACAGAUUGUCAAUGUCACACUUCGCGAUGACGAUGAUUUUGCAUGUCAAAUCUCCGAAUCAGACAACGCAAAAGCCGUUGUAUCCGGAAAAGCGAAAUUAACCGUUUUAGUGCGCCCAACUCCUCCAAAAAUUACAAAGAUUCAUCACACAAUUAAAGGAAUCGCAGGAGAACCAAUCACUCAAUCAUGCGUUUCCAGAAAAGGUAAACCACCACCGACAAUUGGAUGGGCUAUUGCUGUAGAUGACCAAGGAAAAAAUAUUGUUUCUUGGCUUGGAGAAUCAAGAUCCAAAUUUGGAGGAAUUUAUGCUCGACCGGAAAUUGCUCAAGAAAUGGUUUUAGCUCAAGUUAAUGAGACUACUUUAACUGAAUUAAUGGGACAGUCAUCACAUGAUGACACCAACAUCUACAGUAUUGUCAGCAAUUUGACCUUUAUCCCGAAGCCAGAAGAUGAUAACAAAUACUUGAUCUGCAUCAGCCAGCAUAUGACUUUUCCGGAAAAGAUUGAAGUCGAUGCAGUCAAAUUAUCCCUCAGAUAUGCUCCUCAAGUCAAUUUGACUGUUGCAUCGAAAUUACCUUUACGAGAAAAUGGAUCAGCUUUGCUCGCAUGUAACGUUGACGCAAAACCACUCGACAAUGUGAAAAUUGCGUGGUUCCGAGAAAAUCAAAAGCUUCGUGAGACUGGAGAUACUCUAGUGUUCGAAACCUUGAAAAUGGAAGAUCACAACCGCGAGAUUCAUUGUGAGGCAACUAAUGAGAUCGGAACUACGCGCAGCACUUUAAAACUCAACGUUGUUUUUGGUGCACGAAUCAUGUCGAACCCGCAAGACAAAGAAGUCAAUGAAGGGGAUAGUGCAUUUUUCCAUUGCGCAACACUGUCUAAUCCCAAGUCGACAGUAUUUUGGACGAGAGGAGACAGUGAUGAAAUAAUUGGAAGAGGCGAGAACUUAACAUUGGAAAAUGUACGCACAUGGCAGCAAGGAGUUUACAAUUGCACGGCAAGCGUCGAAGGUUUCAAGAAAGCAGUGGCUUCUCACUAUCUUCACAUCAGAGGACCGCCAACAGUAACAAUGCGUGACGAACUUUCAGUAACUCUCGGCGAUUCACUUGAAAUUGCCUGUGAGAUCAGCGGAAGACCAAAAACAAACAAUGUGCGCUGGACAAUGAAUGGAAAAGAAAUCAACUUUAAUAAUGGAAGAAUUACGGUUCAUCAAUAUCCGAAGCCUUACGGGAAACAAAGCAUUUUAAAAAUCAAAGAUGUGAAAAAUGAGGACCUCGGAAUGUAUAAUUGUUCUGCGAAUAAUGGACUCGGAUUUGAUAAUCAAGGAACAAUUGUGAAAAAGAAAAAUAUAUUCGAUAUCCUUGCCAAAUUUGAUCAAAGUGUCGCUUUAGCUGUGAUUUGUGCUAGUUUACUUUUAGUAUUGAUGUGCUGCUGCUUCUUCAUUUGCAGAAACGGUUGUUCUUCGAAGAAAUCUAAAUUCAUGGAUGAUCAAUCCGAUGUUACGGUUAAAUGCGAGGCUCUUGAUGGCCAAUAUUUUCCUGAAAUGUAUAGCGGAAGCCCAGUUGAUAAUGUUCACCUUUCCACGAAGGACUAUAUCAGCAUUCCGCAGAAUAAUCCGGAUCUGGAUUAUCUUGGAUUACCAACGUCUUUUGGUCCUGGAAGCUUAUACCCGAAAUGUUUGAAUGCCUCAGGAAAUGAAUAUAUUUGCAACCGAUUCGAUCAUUCUUAUGGUUCAUUUGGAUCAGGCUUGUCAACACCUGGAGGGAUGUCUGACAUGUACGGAAUCAAUGUGAGUGACAAAAUUCCGGUUAUGGAGACGCUGCAGGAAGUGGAAACGCCCAAAACAUCCAACUACAAUUUUCUAGCAUCGCCUGAAGUCGUUCGGCCAGUCAGCCGGACGUCAACCCACGUGUAA